AUGCGAGGAACGCUGAUUUUCGCGGGCUCGUCCUGCCCAGCUCUCACAGGCAAGAUAUGUGAGAACCUGGGUAUGGCUCCGGCCGAGGCGGAGCUCACGCAAUUCUCAAAUGGCGAAACAAGUGUAAGAAUUCUGACGAGUGUUCGAGAGAAGGAUGUCUUCGUGGUGCAGUCCGGCAGCCCCAAGAUCAAUGACACAAUCAUGGAGCUACUGAUCAUGAUCUCCGCCUGCAAAGGUGGCUCAGCGAACAAGGUCACUGCUGUUCUACCGUACUUCCCUUACAGCCGUCAGUCGAAGAAAAAGUCCCACCGAGGAGCCAUCACAGCACGCAUGCUGUCCAACCUCCUCAACGUAGCAGGAGUAAAGCAUGUCAUUACCGUGGAUCUGCAUGCCUCCCAGAUGCAAGGCUUCUUCAAGUGCCCUGUCGAUAACCUUCAUGCCGAGCCGUUGAUUGCCCGCUGGAUCCGGCAUAACGUUCCUAAUUGGAAGGAAGCUGUGGUGGUGUCAAAGAACCCGGGUGGCACAAAGAGAGUUACAUCGCUUGCCGAUGCUUUGAAGCUGAACUUCGGAAUUGUCACAACAGACAAGAAGAGAGCAGGGGCCAACAUGACUUCAAGCAUGAUCAUGAACCAGUUGGACAGUCUAGAACCUCUCGAUCCUGCAACUGUUGGAUCGAGCUCCACAAGAGAUGAUCUGGAGAAUGGAGAUUCUGCGCGCCACACGCCAGACAGCUCCCAAGGACGACCAUCACGCAUCGUCGCUGAUGCACAAGGUUCUCCUCGACGGUCUAAUGGGCCGCCGUUGCGAACAACUAACAUCCCCAAUCGAUCUAGACACCAUCCCAGUCGAUCUCAAGCCUCCCAGGCAGAUCAACAGGAUGAGGAGACUGAGACUGAAGGCGAAGGCAGCAGUUAUAAUGAUCAACGAGCGCCGGAGGUCACCCAUGGACGGCUGUACCAAGGCCACAUUGUUCCGGAUGAUUUUCCUUCCCCAGCCACCUCAGCGGCCGAUACAAACGUACCGGAUGAUGACCCAAUGGCCAUGUCCCAUGCAUCUUCGUUCUUCGCUCCCGAACCUCAUGCUUUAGGCGGAUCAGGCGAUGCUGAUGGAAGCUCUGAUGAAGAGGAAGACAAGCUCAAGGAUCCUAAGGUGGAGCACAUGAUCACGCUGGUUGGCGACGUUAGAAACCGCUCAGUCUUCAUUGUCGAUGACAUGAUAGACAAGGCAGGCUCAUGGAUUGCUGCCGCCGAGACGGUCAUGAAGCGUGGCUUUGCCAAGAAAGUCUACUGUAUCGCGACCCAUGGUGUUUUCGGAGGAGAUUGCCUUGCGCAAAUGCAGGCUUGCGAAUGCAUUGACACAAUCGUCGUCACAAACAGCUAUCCUAUACGCGAAGAGAAGGCGAGGAAUGCCAGCAAGCUCGUAGUCCUGGACCUGUCAUACUUGUUGUCAGAAGCCAUCCGACGCAACCAUUAUGGAGAAUCGAUCUCGCCCCUGUUCCAACACAUUGCAGACUAG